UGACGCGGGGCUGGAGAGUAAAUGUCCCUGGCGGAGAAGGAAAGCAAGUGGAGUCCCUCCUCCCGGCCGUUUGUGUCUAACAGAGUGAUCCCGGAGAGCGGGCAGAUCCCAGCGGCGAUGGAAGCGGAUGAAUCAGAUCAGAUCAAAGCUCGGCGCGUCGAUGAAAAAGAUCAGAACAAUGGCAGUCUUGGAUGUUGUGGUUGGGUCUUGGUAAUUUUGUCUUAUUUCUUCAUGAUCAUCAGUUCCCCCCUGUCCAUCUGGUUGUGCAUAAAGAUUGUCAAGGAGUAUGAGCGAGCUAUAAUAUUUAGACUUGGGCGCAUUCUGGCAGGAGGAGCUAAAGGGCCAGGGCUGUUUUUCAUCUUGCCCUGCACUGACUCCUUUGUUAAAGUAGACAUGAGAACCAUUUCCUUUGACAUUCCACCUCAAGAGAUUCUCACCAAGGAUUCUGUGACGGUCAGCGUCGAUGGGGUUGUGUAUUACCGUGUUCAGAAUGCCAUCCUCGCGGUUGCGAACAUCACGAAUGCAGACUCCGCUACCCGACUCUUGGCGCAGACCACGUUAAGAAAUGUGCUCGGAACAAAAAAUCUUGCUCAGAUUCUGUCCGACCGUGAGGAAAUUGCCCACAACAUGCAGACGACACUUGAUGUUGCAACGGAUGAAUGGGGCAUUAAGGUUGAGCGUGUGGAGAUCAAAGAUGUGAAGCUGCCAGUCCAACUGCAGAGAGCCAUGGCAGCUGAGGCUGAAGCAUCGAGGGAGGCCAGAGCCAAGGUGAUUGCGGCCGAAGGGGAAAUGAAUGCAUCCAGAGCGUUGAAAGAAGCUUCUAUUGUGAUCUCGGAAUCUCCAGCGGCUCUGCAGCUACGCUACCUGCAGACCCUCACUACUAUCGCUGCAGAGAAGAACUCCACCAUUGUAUUUCCUCUGCCAAUGGACCUGGUUCAAAAUAUAAUGGGGGCUAAGAAGUGAUGUUACUGAACACCAAUCUUGACCACAGUUUCUACGUAUGUUUUCCAAUGAUAGACAAUUUUGGUUAGAAUAACUUUUUUUUUCCACAUUGUAAUAACAGUAAGCAAGGUUUACAUUAGCGAUGGGUUAACAGCUAGAUCUACAAAGAAGCUCCAUCAACUAAUAUUUCACUAUAUGUCAACGCUUCAACGUCUGAACAAUUUGAUUGUAUUUGUUAAAGCAAUGAUUCACAAUAGCAUGUACACCAUGAUGGGCAAAUUCAUGACAUGCAUGCACUAGUCCUGGAACAAACUGUGUUUUGCGCAGUUCUGUCAUUGUAGUGUCGGCCUGAAUGUUUUUUUUAGCCAAACAGAACGGCUUGCUAGAAUUUCAUCGGUGAAGCCAAUAAUGUUCUCUGUGCAUUUACUGGCUUCAUGUAGCUCAGUGACGUAGAGAAGCCUUUGUCAAAUCUUCAUCUCUAAAUGCUACCACAAUCCUAGCAAAACCUACACCAACUUAAAUCGAACCAAUAGCUCUGCAGUUAAGAAUCCUCGUGAGGACUGCUGCUUUGACUAAGAAUUUAAUUAUGUUAUUGUUUUUUUUUACAUUUGGUAUUUCUCACCCCUACCUGUACUCCUGUUCAUUUUAAAAAGCCUUCAAUUUUGCAACAUUUAUCAUUAGAAGACUUGUAUCACAUAUCAUUUUGUAUUAAUCCAUUUUAAUUUAUGUAUAUUCUAUAGAACAUACUUGUUUUGAACUUGGAGGUGUUAAAAUUAUGUGGCCAUUAUUGUACCUGUACCAAUAUGUCAAAGGUCUGGUUAAAUUUAAACCAUCAGGAGCACCAAGGAUGCUAAAAGUAAACUACACAAAUUUACAACCCUGUUGCAGUCCUGAGGGCAGGUAUGUUUGUAGCCUUCAAUGUUAAGUAUUUCCAGUCUUUCUUAGAAAAAAAAUGAAUUGUAGAGUGGAAAAUGAUCUAUAUCUCACAUCAUGGUCCUCCUACCCACUCACGAUAUGAAUGCAUAAUAGAUUAUCCGUUUAAAUUUUCUGACAAAACUCAAUUCUGGUGGAUGACCACUUGCUCAGUUAUCAAGUACAGUUGUGUGCCUCUUCAUUGAUGAUUUAGACUGGGCAGCUACUAGCUCAGGCCAAAUGAGACACCCUCCA